GGCGGGGGUGGGACGGGACGGGACCGGACGGGACCGGAUGGCGCGGGGAGCGCAGAGCCCCAGCCCGGCCCGGUCCGGUUUAUCCGCCCGGUAUGCACCGCAGAGUUCGGGAACGUGGCCCGGCGGAACCCGCUGCGAAACGGUUCGGCGGCCACGACUUUGACUCGAAGAAGAAGAGAAAACUGGCAAAGAUUUACCAGGCCCUGAGCAGUGACCCCAUCGACGUGGCCACGCUGCGGUGCAUGGCCAUCGGGGAGGGAGGGCUCCUGACAGAUGAGAUCCGCUGCAAAGUGUGGCCAAAGCUGCUCAGUAUCAACACGGAUGAUCUGCCCCCUCUGCCAGGAAAGGAGCUGCGAGAGGACAACAAGGAUUUCCAGCAGGUCCUCCUGGAUGUACGGAGGUCCCUGCGCCGCUUCCCACCAGGGAUGCCAGAUGACCAGAGGGAAGGUUUGCAGGAGGACCUCAUCGACAUCAUCCUCCACGUCCUCAAACGCAACCCCCAGCUGCACUACUACCAGGGCUACCAUGACAUCGUGGUCACCAUCCUCCUGGUGGUGGGGGACAGGCUGGCCACUGCCCUGGUGGAAAAGCUCUCCACACAUCAUCUCAGGGCUUUUAUGAACCCAACGAUGGACAGUACCAAGCACAUUUUAAAUUACCUGAUGCCCAUCAUAGACCAGAUGAACCCUGAGGUGCACGACUUCAUGCAGAGUGCUGAGGUGGGAACUAUCUUUGCUCUCAGCUGGCUGAUCACCUGGUUUGGGCACGUUCUCUCUGACCUCAGGCACGUGGUCCGAUUAUACGACUUCUUCCUGGCUUGCCAUCCCCUGAUGCCCAUUUAUUUUGCUGCCGUGAUCGUGCUCCACCGGAAGCAGGAAGUCCUGGACUGUGAGUGUGACAUGGCCUCUGUCCACCACCUCCUCUCCCAGAUCCCACAGGACCUUCCUUACGAGACUCUGAUCAGCAGAGCUGGAGACCUUUUUGUCCAAUUCCCACCAUCCAGGCUGGCCAGGGAGGCAGCUCAGCAGCAGGCUGAACGAACCGCUGCUUCCGCUUUUAAGGACUUGGAGUUGGCAUCAGGGCAGCAGAGACGAGAUGCUGUGUUGAGGCAGUGCUUCAGGAAGUGGCCCCGAGGGGAGGAACGGACAAAAUCCAUCCUGGCAAAGCCCAGGAUGCCCAGGACCAGGACCAACCGUUUUGCCAAGCUGGCAGUGAUGGGGCUGGCAGUGAUGGGGCUGACGGUGGCAGCUGCUGUGGCGAGGAGUGCGCUGGAGUGGGCACCCAAGUUUGAACUGCAGAUUUUCCCCUGAAGCAGAGGAAGGACCAGCCCUGCCUCCUGCCCCCGUGGGAAGGGGAGAUGAUGUCUGGGGAAAGGACCUGUCCAGAAACCACCCGCCUGAAGAUGAGUUUGCUGCCUCCAGUGACACUUUUGGCCUUUGUGACAAAGACUGAGGGGAACCGGCCCGGCAGGACUGUCCCCCACCCCCAUGCUCCCCUUCUCUCCUCCCCCUGCAGGGGUGAGGGGUUGGGCACCACCAGAGGACCCAGAGCGAUGGACAGGUCAGGUUCUUCAGGGGAUGGUGUGAGAGGAGAGCCCUGGGUGGGCUCUGCUGGAACGGGGUGAUCGGUGUGGAGGGGAGUGUCACAGCAGAGAAAGGGGCUGUCACAGAGCCCUCUGUGACAUUCCUGUGCAGGCAGCCUCUGGUCCUUCCCUUUCCACAGCCUCCAAGCAGAGCCAAAGCCCUCCCAGAGCAGGGAGCUGGCUCCAGUGCAUUACACUCACUGCCUCCCUGCUGCCUCCUGUGCAGCCUGACCCACGAGUGGGGGAGCAGGACAGCUGGGGACAGGAGCAGGACAGCUGGGGACAGGAGCAGGACAGCUGGGGACAGCCCUCUCUUGCUGUUGCUCCUUCCUCAGGUCACAGUGAGAGCUGAGGUGUGUGCUGUCACAUACCAAAUCAUGUCACCACCAGAGCUGGUGGCACUGUCCCCCCACUGCAGGCUCUGCUGCAGAGAAAGGCUCUUUCCAGCUUGGGAAACACUUUGCACAGGACAGAACUCGUUGGCAGUGGGAAGUCUGUCUUAAAUCUCCCCCGUGAGCCAUCAGGCUGCAGUGUCACCCUUCGAAAUGACACAAGUUGAGGGUAUUUUCCUGGAAAGGCCACCCCCAGCCCUGCACAGCUCCCAUUGCCCCCCAGCCCUGUGCAGCCCCAGUGCUCCCCCCGCUCCCAGCUCAGCAGCAAAUCCUCCUGCAGGACUCAGUGUCCCACUGAGACGAAGCCAACAGACACUCUAUGCCUCUACCUCUCCCCUGAGCUCUUCAACCUCCUUCAAGUGCCCUUACCCAUCCCCUACCCCCCCUGCAGCCCCCCACCCUUGCUGUGUUGUGCUCAAAGCCAUCUGUGCCGUGCCCAGGGACUGCACACCCCAGAACCUGCUCUUGGCUGAAGAGUUACAGAUUUUAGGAUAGAAAAGGAAACCGGUGUCCUGGGGAAGCUCAGCACCCUCCUGUCCCAACCCCCAGCCUGUCACCUGUCCCCUGGCUCUCCGGAGGUGCCUUGGUGGCUGGAGGGCAUGCUGAGAGUUGUCACCCAGCCCUGCCCCCUCCCCAGGGCAGCAGGGCAGGGGGUGGGGGGUCUGGAAUUCAGCACUUUAGAAAUGGGUGGUGCAGGAGAGGCUGUGGUGAUGGGGGUGUGGGGGGAAGGGGGUCUCUCAGUGGUCCCAGGACCCCUCUGUACACUCCCCACUGCCCCCAAGGAGAGAGUGGCUGGAGGACCCUGCUCAAGAGAAGCCCCUGGGCCCCCCCCCCACUCUCUGGCCUUGUUGCACUUUAGUUCUUGUGUUGUCCCCAAGGAGAGGAAGGGGCUGGGAGGUGACAGUCACUGCAGGUGCUCCAGUUCCUCUGUACAGACUUUACAGACCUUUGUAAAUGCAGAUUUGUACAAACUCUAAACUGUGUAAAAUAAAAAGUUACUAA